AUGAACGUCGUAUCCGAGCUGCUGAAGCGAGCGGGCAACAUGGCCCUCAGCUCCAACCCCACUGUCGCUGACAUCGACAUUACUACCCCCGGUUCCGACUGGCUUUGGGCUGUCUUUUCCGUCAUGGCUGCCACUGGACUCGGUACUAUGGUGUGGUCACUCAAGGUGUCGCGUGGUGAGCGAGCCUUCCACUAUCUCUCAGCCGCGAUUCUCGCUACGGCUUCCGUCGCCUACUUUUCGAUGGCUUCGGACCUCGGUGCCACCCCAGUCCGCGUCGAGUUUACCAACUACGGCCCUAACGAAGUCAACGGUCUUCGUCCUACCCGUUCCAUCUGGUACGUUCGUUACAUUGACUGGACUGUCACCACCCCUCUCCUGCUCCUCGAGAUCCUGCUUGUUUCUGGUCUCCCCCUCUCGACCGUCUUUAUCACCAUCUUUUUCGAUCUUGUCAUGAUCAUCACCGGUCUGAUCGGUUCUCUUGUCGAGUCGACCUACAAGUGGGGUUACUACACCAUGGGCUGCGUUGCCAUGUUCUAUGUCUUCUGGGUCAUCUAUGGCCCUGGUCUCAAAUCGGCUUCCCACCUCGGCGCCGACUUUAAGAAGGCCUAUCUCUACUCUUCGCUCGUUCUCACCAUCCUUUGGACUCUCUACCCUGUUGCUUGGGGUCUCGCCGAUGGUAGCAACACAAUUUCGCCCAACGCAGAGAUGAUCUUCUAUGGUGUACUUGACCUGCUUGCCAAGCCUGUCUUCGCGCUCUUCCACCUCUGGUCGCUCCGCCGAUGUAAUUACUCUUCGCUCCACCUCAAGAGCGGCAAGUUUUCAGACUACGAGGACCUCUCGGGCAACCACUAUCGCUCCAUGGAGGGCGGCAAGGCCAGCGAAGCUGGUGUUACCGGAGCUGGGGUCAACGGUGUCGCUACUGGUGUCAACACUACUGGUGCCGACGUUACUGGUGCCAACGUCCUCCACCCUGCUCCUCCCACCCAAAUGCACACCGUUACCCAGUAA